AUGGGUCUUAUCUUCACCUCCGCAGCGGAAUACUCAGGUGCAGACCCUGUUCCUGUGCCAGAGCUACCUGUACAAGUGGCCAGUUAUCAGGCAUCCUUGACCGCUGCGUUGUCAAAGAGUGACCUCGAGUAUACAACCAUCGACCCAGCACCUCUGCAAGAGAGCCCAGAAAAGCGCAGCGAAGACGAACCUCAUCUGCUCGAGCGGUUCAUGAUCCGGGGCUUGCGACCGGUCAGCAACACUACUGCUCAGAGUGACACGGCCGGCCAAGAUAUCUUUGUUCAUCAUUACAACAACGGCGACACUGUUCUUCACCUCCCUAUUGGCCGGGAGAGUCUGUCGGCGGAAAAUCUCAAUAAAAGAUAUGACCAUCCAGGUCUCAAGAUCUCCUUUACUACGCGCCAGUUGUCUAAGCUGUCGAGAAAGCAGCAAAGUGAUAUGGCCAGCGGGAUCGCUAACAUGUGGGAAUACUAUGCCAGAACCACUCCUAUGAACGAGUAUAUCGGGUUUGUGGAGACGGAUCACAAGGCUGAUUUCUACUUUCGCAUUAUACCUGAGGUGAAGGGAUUUGGGACCAAUUAUGGAAGUGUUGAUGUGUGUGGUGAUCGGAAGUGCCAAUUACAGUAUUAA